AUGACGACAACGCCACGCCCCGUACUUCUAACGGCCGUCAAUGCCCACAUCAUCUGCCACUUGUGCCAAGGCUAUCUGAUCAAUGCGACGACCAUCGUGGAAUGUUUGCACUCGUUCUGCCACAGUUGCCUCAUCAAUCACCUGCGCAAGGAGCGCUAUUGUCCUCGCUGCGAGAUGGUCAUCAACAAUGCCAAGCCCAACAUCAAAUCUGAUACCACACUGCAGGCGAUUGUCUAUAAGCUCGUGCCCGGCCUCUAUGAACGGGAACUCAUGCGUAAGCGAGCCUUCUACAAGGAUCGUCCUGAGGAGGCAGCACUGGCCACGCCCGAACAGCGAGGCGAUGAUACGGAGCAUUUGAUAUUCAGUCCAUCCGAUGAUAUGUCGCUGUCGCUGGAGUAUGCAGAACUUGGUGAAUUGAAUACCGAUUCGGAGCUGGAAUUCGGUGAUACAUUGCGUCCACGUUAUCUGCAAUGUCCGGCCAUGUGCCGUGUUAGCCAUUUGAAGAAGUUCGUCUACGACAAGUACGAGAUUGAUGCCAACAACUUUAGCAUCGACAUCAUGUACAAGGUGAAGACAAUUGCGCUGCAGGAUUAUUAUACGCUCAUGGAUAUAGCGUAUAUAUACACGUGGAAGCGGGAUGCGCCGAUGCGCUUCUUUUUCCGUGUCUACGAAUCUCCAAAGAAGCCACUGAUCAAGCCUGUUCCAGCGGUGGUCAAGCCACAGAUACUGCCUUUGAAGCAGGAGCGUGUGUCUCCUGCAGCCACGCCCCCUCCGGCUCCUUUGGCUAUCAAAGUGCCCACACUGUCACCGCCAGCGCUUCUGGCAGCAGCUCCAGCCAACACUCCGUCUCCUGCUCAAUCGCCACGCAUCAAAGUGGAGCAGCCCCAAGACGAAUUUCGCAUUGCGCCCAAAUUGCAUUCGCCCACUGAGCAGUCGCUCAAGAUGGUCAUCAAUCGCAAUGUGGUGGAGAAGCCCGAGAAGCACUCGCAUCAGCAUCAACAUCAUCAUCAUCAUUCGCCAAAGUCGAGCUCCAAGAGUCCGACCACCAAGUGCCCGCCUCAGUCGCCUGGCGGCUACAACAAGGAGGAGCCCAACAUUAAGCUAAAGAUUGAUCUGUCCAAGCACAAUAGCGUCACCAUCAUCAACAUGUCCGAUCCGGAUCGCAAGGAGAUCGUCAAGCCGCUCAAGCCGGAGAAGGAAUCACGCUCCAAGAGCAAAAAGGACAAGGAUGGCAGUCCGAAGUCGUCCUCCAACAGCAGCAGUCCCUCGUCCUCAUCCAGCGAGCGUAAGCGCAAGAGUCCAUCCCCAUUGACCGUGCCGCCGCUGACCAUACGCACGGAACGCAUCCUGAGUCCCAAUGGAGUUAGCACCGUGCUCAGCCCUCGCGUCACCAGCGGCGCCUGCCUGGAGGAUCCCAAGUCCGAGUUCCUCAAGUCGUUUGCUCUGACGCCCAUCAAGGUGAAAGUCGAGUCGCCGGAGAAGCAAUCGCAGUCAAAGAUUARCGUAUCUUCCGCUGCUGCUGCUGCUCCAGUACCGAACAACAAAUCCAAGUCCCAUCUGGACGAUAGCCUGCUGAUGAAGCCGCCCAGCGCCAUGCCGCCCAAGUCGAUAGCCUCCUCCAAGCGUAAGAGCAAGGAGCCCGUCAAGGCACUCUCCAAGAAGCCCAAGCUGUCCCCUCCACUGCCCCGUGAGGACUUCAAAAUACGCCUGCCCACGCCCAUUGUCAACGCCAGCAACGGGCCGGCCGCUGACAAACCGCUAAUGCCCCCGCCUCCUGCCAAGCCUCCACUAUCACGCAACAGCAGCAGCAGCAGCAACAGCAACAGCAAGCUGACAAAUGGACCACAGACACCACACGAUGUGAACCGUUUGCUCAAGGAUGCGGGCACCGAGAUCAAGACAAUUGGUGGUCAGAACAAGUCGCAUGUCUACGGGCCGAAGCAAACCGAGCACAAAAUGGGCCCACCGCCAGUGCCCAAGACCAACAACAACAGCUCGAGCAACUACCUAAACCUGGCCUUGUACAACUUUAGCAAAUCGAAGGGCAAGGAGGCGCCGCCCGGCUGCCGCACGCCCAUGUACACGCCCAAUUCGCCCAUCUAUUCGCCCAGUUCGCCGCAAUAUGUGCCCAACUAUAAUAUACCGACCAUGCCCACCUACAAGUACACGCCCAAGCCGACAAACACGGCGGCGUCCGCCUAUUUGCAGAGCAUGCUGAAUGGAGCUGCGGGCGGUGGCCUGGGCGGUUGCGGUCUCUUCCCUAGUCCACCCAUCAAAGCGGACCAGAACACCAAUCCCGCCGCCGAGGAUGCGCCCGAGAAGCAGCAGGUGAAGGUGAAAUCGCUGCUCAACUCGUGCAACAUCAAUAUACCAUCAUCGCUGUCGAUAACCAUAUCGCGUGACAACGGUGACGCCUCCUCGCCCAGCAAUGGGGCGCAUGCCAAGCACAAGAGUCCCGUUAAUAAUUACAUUGAGAUUGUCAAGCUGCCCGAUCAGCCCGCCGUGGACAAGGACAAAGAGAAGGAGAAGGAGAAGGAGCGCGAGAAGGCAACAUCCAUGGCGCCGGUGAAACUUCCCGCUCCGCCAAGCAAGACAAUACCCUCGCCGCAGCAUUUGCUGGCGCGGCUCACGCCGCCCUCAGCUCCGCUGCAGCAGCCAGCGCAAAUGGAGGGCAAGAAGACGCCCAGCCCCGAGAAGCGCCAGCACUCGCCCAAUGCAGGCGAGAAUAAGUCGCCAAAGUCGGGACAGACGGGCGCUGGUGGAGCAGGCGCUGCCUCUACGGCCUGCGGCGAGACGGCGGCCAAAAAGUUUCGACCCAUUUUGCCGCGUCAGAACUCUGCUGCAGCUAGCUGCAACACAGCCGAAUUGCCUGCCGCAAAGCUGCAACACAACAACAACAACAAAGUCAACAAGGUGCCCGUCAGCAAAAAGUCGCCCAACAAUGCCCAUGCCACUGCCAAUGGCAUUGCCAGCCAGGCCCUGAUCAAGGCCAACGCGGCCAAUGCAGCCAAGCGCAACAGCAGCGGCAACAACAAACAUCACUCCGGCGGCCCCAACAACUCGAAUCUGAAGCUCAUGGCGCCGCCGCCCCAUCCGCAUCCGCACAUGAAUGCGCCGCUGAGCAUCGCCUCGAGCGCCAAUCAGCUGGACUUGAACUUCUUCAAGGAGAAUCUGAUGCGCGCCCAGGCGGCGCAGGUGGCGGCGGCAGCAACGAAUCCCUCGAAUCUGCUGUUCAACUUUGCGCCCGCCGUCUAUCAGCAGGCCUGCCUCAUGGAGCAGCUGUCGCGCAUGCAGCGCGCCGGCCACGAGGUGUUCAACGAUUACCUGCAGAAGGUGAGGAAUGCAGCGGGCGGUGCCAAUGAGGGCGCUGGCGGUGAUCAGAGGCAGCAGCAGGUGAUGCCCAUGCUGCCCAAUCGGGGAAACUACGACUACGUCUAG